AUGUCACCCGAGAGCUGUCGUGGGAAGCCGUUUUUACCUGGAAACGAUGUGUGGUCUGUGGGNCGGCAAAUCAAACGCUGGGCGGAUGAGGAGAAUGAGGGGGAAGGGGCUCUGCAACCUCGGGCGGCUCAGGCAUUCAACUACAGCCCUGAAAAUGAAGGUGUGAUCGUGGAUGUGAUGGCGGAACACCAUCGGGUGAAAGAGCUGACGGAUGGGAACGCGGUUCCGCCGCAGUAUUGUAGUAAUCGGUGCGAUGGUGUAUUGACUUACAGUGUUAUUUAUGAUUAUGUGGUGCCGUAUUUGAGGAAAAACGGGUGCUGGUCUGCUGACAGGUGCGUAAUAUCAGGUGGGGUGGAGGUGUCUGGGGCGGAAGCAUCGUUUUCGACCUGCUUUUCGCUAUUUAACGACACCGCCUCUGUGUCGUGCGCUUUGCAGCACUGCAAUAUUAUGCUAAUUGGAAAUUACCGCAAGAUGAAGAGAGAUCUUUCUCAGUCUCCGUGGUUUACGAAUGGGCAACGCGUCGGCUCGUUUUCCUUGCAGGAGGUAAUUAUAAAUCCGAUUCUUAGCUUUUUCUUUCCUGAAGGUGUCACACCAAUUCUUGGGAAGAGAGAGGCGAACGAGUUUGGUGGCCAGUGUGAAAAGCGAUCCAGGUUGGAGAAGACGCAUUCACAAAGGCAGUUUGUAAAUGAGUCUAAUGAUAAUCCGCACCGAAUGGCGUCACAGCAUGUUUUCGGAUAUGGACGAUACAAAUUUCACAGCGCUGGUCGUGAAGACGUGGACGUACGUAUGCUUGGAAGUGGGAGACCGUUUGUGCUGGAGAUUAUCUCUCCCAGUCGUCAGCGAGUAACGCCAGAAGAUUUGGCAGCGUUUGAAGAGACAGUAAACAAAAGUGAAGGAGGAGAUGUAGAGAUAUCUCAAUUGCGUCUCACUGACCUAGACAUUACCGUGCGACUGGCACGACACUCGCAGAACAAGGUCAAGAUGUACCGCUGUGUUGUGUGGUGUAGCAGGGCGAUAACAGAUCCUGGCCAGGACGAUUGCUUUAAGGCGACUAAUUCUGUGCGAGACCUCGUUAUUGAACAACGCACACCCGUUAGGGUGCUGCAUCGACGAUCUCUGCAGGUUCGUCCUCGUACGAUUCACUCAAUACGAUUGACUCCGUUGAACGCGCAUUGGUUUGUGAUGGACGUGGAGACACAAGCUGGCACGUACGUGAAAGAGUUUGUUCAUGGUGACAUGGGGAGGACGACACCGCAUCUAGGCAUGCUGAUGAAUGGAAGGACGGACAUAAUCCAGCUGGAUGUGCUGGACAUGGCAAUGGAAGACCUUUAG